AUGCUAAGAUGUCAGCUUUCUGGCCCUAAGACGGGAGCAAUGUCAGCUUUUGCUCGGACUAACCGCCAAGACACCAGGAGUAGCACGCUCCAGCAUAUUAAAGAAGACGGUAGGGGUACUCACAGAGCGCCUCUGGAAAUCACUAAUCCCCGAGGUGGAACAUUAACUCAGUGGCGCAGAAUUAGUUUCACUGAUAAUCUGUCAGCAUAG